CAGAUGACUUCAAAUGUCAUCUGACGUACAAAAGCAUCUGAACGAUUUUCUUUCCCAACAUCUUCUUCAAUCUUAGUUUAGCAAUGAAUCAAGCAUCUGAGUAAAAAUCGAUUUGACACACAAAAACAUGAAUGUAGGUGUCUGAAAAAAUUAUUCGAGUCAAUUCAUGAGACAAUCAUCUAAAUCAGAUACUGCCAGCAAGUGUAGAGAAUAUCACCGGAUCUUUCGAAACGUGUUCGUCAUCAUCGUCUGCGUGAUUCCAAGCAAUAAACCAUGAAUGUUCUUAUCUGAAAUAAGGCGACUCAUUCAUUCAAAAGGGAACGUUUCUCGGUAAUUUGCUCUUGCGGAAACUUGAGUCUUGCAGUUCUCCAGGAACGGAGAAAUUCAACACAGAAGAGGAAGGUUGCCAAAGACCAAUUCCAUCCCUAGAUUGAUACAUUACACCGAAUAUCAGCAGAUAUUUCAAAACGUGUUAAAAAUAAAUUCAUGCGAACAGGUCCGAAGAAUGAGACUCUUCAUAUGCAUCUGAAAUAAAAGGCGAGUUAGUUCAUUUAUAUUUGUUAUUCUGAGUUACAAACGCCGAUCAUCUGAAUCAACGUCUAGCGAAUAUCAACGGAUGAAGAUGGAAUAUUAUACCCUUCUUAAUCAGACGAAAUUUCUACUUUACGAUUAUCCUGGAAAGAAUAUAUUUUACUUUAGUUUUUGCCUUCCGAUGAUUCUCAUCCUCUUCAUUGGUAACGUAAUCGUCAUAGCAACGGUUUUUACUUACAACAGUUUGAAGAAACCAACUUACUUGAUCCUCACAAGUCUCGCUGUAACCGAUCUCCUCACAAGCGUGAUCGCGGUACCCAUGGAGAUAUACCGUCGGACAAAUGUGAACGAUAUCACUUGCUCGGCGCGAUGGGAGGUCUAUUUAUUGGGAAUGACGUACAUCUGUGGGUUUGACUCGAUGCUUCACAUGGUAAUGGUUACGUUUGAUCGCUAUGUCGCCGUAGUAAAGCCGCUCCGAUACAACGCAUUGGUGACAAAGGAACGCAUAGCAAUCGCAGUGAUGAUUGGAUGGAUAAUAUCCGUCUUCUCGGUUAUCGGUCAGGUUGUAAUCUAUCAUAUCAAGAAAACGGUCCCAUCGGCUAUCUGUGUUGGAAUCCGAUACGAUCCGGAUAUUUACUCGAUUUUGUUGGAUCUUAGCAUAUUCGUAAUGACUACAACAUCGGGCAUGACCAUGGUCAUCUUAAACGCAAUCAUCUUGAGGACUGCGAUCAGACAGCUUCGACGGAUCGCCGACGUUGAACGCGCUUUAGACAACGCAACCGGUGGCUCGGAAAGCCGGGAGGAAGCGGCUAGAAAGAUGAAAGCGUGUAAGGUAAUUAGCUGCGUUGUGUCCGCGUUCAUUAUCUGCCAUACACCAAUCGGGAUCAUGCAUCUUUGCUUCGCCGUUUCAGACAGCGUUUUACUGAACGGAAUUAUGAAUGAAAUCUCGUUUGUUUUGUAUCUGAUCAGUUCGGCGGUCAACCCACUCAUUUAUUGCCUCGUCGAUCGCGUCUUCAGGCAAUGCGCAUGGCGCAUGCUCAGUUCACGUGCUGCCAGAUUGUACCAAAGAGACAACGGUCAGACAUCGGAUGGCGUUGUUAGCCUUGCCUAACAGCGUCCCGAAUCACCAUAGAUGGCCUAACUCAACUCUUGUUUCUGUUCACAGUCUUUCAGGAGUUUUAUUUUUAAGUCGACAAUUAACUUGUUUUAAAAGUUGGACCUAUAUUCAUAUGACGCUGCAUGUCGAAUAUGGUGAUCCUAGGCUACCUCUCCCCAGUCGUUUCUGGUCGUAUGUUAUUUUUUGCCACAGAUUGCUACAACCUCCAUAUCUGUGGCACAAGUACCGACGGAAAGAUAUUGAAUAUCCCGUCUGUUAUCAAAACUAGGCCUCCGGGACCAGGUCCGACAGUAGACUGUCUGUAGACAGAGACCUGGGGGCAGCGGUUCGGUAAUAGACCAAGGCCUACGGGUACCGGUCCAGUCGUAGACCUUGCUGGUCUAUACAGUCAAUUAAAAUGGGAGAUUAUUUGUUUGUAUAUACAAUCUUGUAUCCUUAAUUCACACCGAUCAUUCACUAUGCCUGAUAAGCAAAAUGAUUGCCAGAACCGUUAUUCAGUUAUUAUUUUUCACCUUUAGGGUAUUACUUAAUGCUUACGUCAACGACUACUCAUAAAACAGUGUAAUUAUUUCACCAAUAUACAUUUUGUGAUAGAUAUUUAUAAACUCGCCUUGCCUUAUACAGUCUACUCAUCUUAUUUCAACUAUCCUUAUCAAACCGAGUAAGGACUGCUGUUCACUUGGAAAGACAGUUCGGGUGAAGUACUCCAAAAGCGACAAUGCUAACUGCAGCUACAUUACAAGGAAUUCUGUUGUUUCUCAAAAAGUCUGGUUUCAGACAUUUGUAGGCCCUAUGCUAUCUCCGGUGAAAUCUCAAUAUCUGACUUUCAUGUAGGUCUACCUGAAAAGCUUUAAAUAGUGGAACCAAAAGCUUCAGUCCCUGUGCCAUCGGCUGUUCCACUAAACUACUUUGGCUACACUUGCUGGGGAUGGUAGGCAAAUUACAGAUUAAAAAAUCCAAAAUAAUUCUUUAGAUAGCUGCCUUGCAGACGAAGGGGGCAGUGACGGUAUCACACGGCACGUCGUUCCAAGGCUUCACCGCGUCAUCUGCGGGGCUCCGUCGCCAGAAAGACACGCAGUUUUCGUUUCCCCCAAAAUCGUCGGGCUGCGUUGGUUCCCACGAGGCGUAAUCAUCCGGUGUCCCGUCAGUCCAAACGAAGGGUUCCGAAGCCCCAUUCGUCGGUUGAUGGUAUCCAGUCCAUAACAAUUCACCAAUAUAUUCCUCCUGUUAAUUCAACAACCGAAGUGAUAGCAAUUAAAUAGAUG